GCUCCGGCCGCGCAGCCAUGUCCCGGCCCAGCAGCGUCUCCCCGCGGCAGCCCGGCGGCGGGAGCGGCGGCCCGGGGGGCUCUGCCACCCCCGCCGCGGCCGCCUCCGCCGCGGGCCGCGGCCGCGCCAAGGGGCUCAAGGAUAUCCGCAUCGACGAGGAGGUGAAGAUCGCCGUGAACAUCGCCCUGGAGCGGUUCCGCUACGGCGACCAGAAAGAAAUGGAGUUCCCAUCUUCUUUGACUAGUACUGAAAGAGCUUUUAUUCACCGCCUCAGUCAGUCUCUUGGUCUGAUUUCUAAAAGUAAAGGGAAAGGAGCAAAUAGAUACCUGACUGUAAGGAAAAAAGAUGGUUCAGAGCUCGCACAUGCAGUAAUGUCUUGCUGUUUGACUCCUAAUACAAAACACGCUGUGCGGAACUUAAUUCAGAGAUUUCCCGUCACAAAUAAAGAACGGACAGAACUUCUACCAAAGACUGAGCGAGGAAAUGCUUUUGCUGUUGAAGCAGAAAACAGAGAAAUGAGCAAGACCAGUGGGCGACUUAACAACGGUAUCCCUCAGGUUCCAGUGAAAAGAGGGGAAUCAGAGUUUGAUUCCUUCAGGCAAUCGCUACCAGUUUUUGAAAAACAGGAAGAAAUUGUCAAAAUAAUUAAGGAAAAUAGAGUUGUUUUGAUUGUAGGAGAGACUGGAUCAGGAAAGACUACUCAAAUUCCUCAGUUCCUUCUUGAUGACUGCUACAAGAAUGGAAUUCCCUGUCGUAUAUUUUGCACUCAACCUAGACGCUUAGCAGCUAUUGCUGUGGCUGAAAGAGUGGCAGCAGAAAGAAGAGAAAAGAUUGGCCAGACAAUUGGUUAUCAGAUCCGAUUGGAAAGCAGGGUUUCUCCAAAGACAUUGUUAACGUUUUGCACUAAUGGUGUAUUACUACGCACACUAAUGGCAGGAGAUAGCACUCUGUCAACAGUGACACAUGUUAUUGUGGAUGAAGUACAUGAGAGAGAUAGAUUCAGUGACUUCUUGUUAAUAAAACUGAGAGAUGUGUUGCAAAAACAGACUGGAUUAAAGCUAAUUCUUUCCAGUGCUGCUUUAGAUGCAAAUCUUUUUAUUAGAUAUUUUGGGAGUUGUCCAAUAAUACACAUACAAGGAAGACCUUUUGAAGUUAAAGAGAUGUUUCUGGAGGACAUUUUACAAAGCACUGGCUAUACAAAUAAAGAGAUGGUUAAGUACAAAAAGGAAAAACAGCGAGAAGAAAAACAGCAAAACACUCUUACUGAGUGGUAUUCGGCACAAGAAAAUAAUAGCAAACCUGAAUCUCAAAGGCAAAGACCUGUCCCAAGUGUGGCUGAAGAGUAUGAUCUGUUAGAUGAUGGUGGUGACACAGUAUUCAAUCAACUGACUGAAAAAGAUGUAAAUUGUCUUGAACCAUGGCUAAUAAAAGAAAUGGACUCUUGUCUUUCUGACAUCUGGUUGCAUAAAGAUGUUGAUGCCUUUGCUCAGGUGUUUCAUCUCAUUUUAACUGAAAAUGUCAGUGUUGACUAUAGGCACAGUGAAACCAGUGCGACCACACUAAUGAUUGCUUCAGGAAGGGGCUUUUUGAGUCAAGUAGAGCAACUGAUCAGUAUGGGAGCAAAUAUCCACUGCAAAUCGUCCAAUGGCUGGAUGGCUUUGGAUUGGGCUAAGCACUUUGGACAGACGGAGGUUAUUGACCUUCUGGAAUCCUACAGUGCUUCACUGGAGUUUGGAAAUCUGGAUGAAAGUUCCCUGGUCCAAACAAGUGGUAGUGACCUCAGUGCAGAGGACAGAGAAUUGUUGAAAGCAUAUCAUCACAGUUUUGAUGAUGAAAAAGUGGAUCUGGAUCUGAUUAUGCACUUACUUUACAAUAUCUGUCAUAGUUGUGAUGCUGGAGCGAUUUUAAUAUUUCUUCCAGGAUAUGAUGAAAUAGUUAGCCUGCGAGACCGCAUUCUUUUUGAUGACAAAAGAUUCGCUGAUAAUGCUCACAGAUACCAAGUUUUCAUGCUUCAUUCAAAUAUGCAGACUUCAGAUCAGAAGAAGGUGCUUAAAAGUCCACCUUCUGGCAUCCGCAAAAUAAUUCUUUCUACUAAUAUUGCCGAAACCAGCAUCACAGUCAAUGAUGUUGUAUUUGUUAUUGAUUCAGGAAAGAUGAAAGAGAAGUCUUUUGAUGCACUGAAUUGUGUCACCAUGUUAAAAAUGGUGUGGAUUUCAAAAGCCAGUGCUGUCCAGAGAAAAGGCAGGGCCGGUCGUUGUCGGCCUGGAGUUUGCUUCCGUCUCUUCAGCAAGCUCCGGUUUCAGAAUAUGUUGGAAUUUCAGACGCCAGAACUUCUAAGAAUGCCACUUCAGGAACUUUGUUUGCACACAAAAUUGCUGGCUCCAAUUAAUUGCCCAAUUGCUGAUUUUCUAAUGAAGGCUCCAGAUCCUCCACCAGCUUUAAUUGUGAGAAAUGCUGUGCAAAUGCUUAAGACAAUAGAUGCUAUGGAUACUUGGGAAGAUCUCACUGAACUUGGUUAUCAUCUGGCUGAUUUACCAGUAGAGCCACACCUGGGUAAAAUGGUGUUGUGUGCUGUUGUUUUGAAGUGCCUGGAUCCUAUUCUUACCAUCGCUUGCACUCUUGCCUAUCGAGACCCUUUUGUCCUACCGACACAGGCAUCUCAGAAGCGCGCAGCCAUGCUGUGUAGAAAACGUUUUACUGCAGGAACAUUUAGUGACCAUAUGGCACUUCUCAGGGCUUUCCAGGCAUGGCAGAAGGCGCGGAGUGACGGCUGGGAGAGAGCCUUCUGUGAAAAGAACUUUCUUUCUCAAGCCACAAUGGAAAUCAUCAUAGGAAUGAGAACACAGUUGCUUGGUCAGCUCAGAGCCUCAGGUUUUGUUAGAGCCAGAGGAGGCGGCGAUAUCAGAGAUGUUAACACCAACUCUGAAAACUGGGCUGUAGUUAAAGGCGCCUUAGUGGCUGGGAUGUACCCAAAUCUAGUGCAUGUAGACAGGGAAAACCUCAUUUUGACUGGACCAAAGGAGAAGAAAGUACGGUUUCAUCCUACUUCUGUUCUUAGCCAACCACAAUAUAAAAAGAUUCCUCCAGCAAAUGGGCAAGCUGCAGCCAUUCAGGCGCUCCCUACAGACUGGCUUAUAUAUGAUGAAAUGACAAGGGCUCACAGGAUAGCAAAUAUCCGAUGCUGUUCUGUUGUAACACCUGUCACUGUGUCACUCUUCUGCGGACCGGCUAGGUUACCAAGUAACGCUCUGCAGGAGCCGUCGUCUUUUCGAGUGGAUGGUGUACCUAAUGACAGUAGUGAUAGUGAGAUGGAGGACAAAACGACUGCUAAUCUGGCAGUGCUGAAGCUGGAUGAAUGGCUCCAUUUCAAACUGGAUCCUGAAGCUGCUGGCUUGCUGUUGCAACUCAGACAGAAGUGGCAUAGCUUAUUUCUGCGUCGUAUGCGAGCUCCUUCUAAACCAUGGUCUCAAGUUGAUGAAGCAACUAUAAGAGCAAUUAUAACUGUUCUAAGCACUGAAGAGCAAUCUGCAGGUUUGCAGCAGCCAUCAGGAAUAGGGCAGAGACCAAGACCUAUGUCUUCUGAAGAACUUCCUUUAGCGUCUUCGUGGAGGUCAAGUAACAGCAGAAAAAGCUCAGCAGAAACAGAAUUCUCUGACGACACUUCUAAUGCUGAAAAGGUUCUAAUGAAGUCUGCGCCUCCGGCAUUUCACCAGGCACAGAAGUACAAAGAAAGAAGCAUUUUGCACUCCAAGAGAACUUCAGAUGACAGAUCAGAUCAAUCAUCAGUGAAGUCUACGGACAGCAGUAGUUACCCUAGCCCAUGCGCCAGUCCUUCUCCUCCCUUGUCUGGAAAGGGCUCCAAAUCUCCUUCACCAAGACCAAAUAUGCCAGUUCGAUAUUUUAUAAUGAAAAGUAGCAACCUGCGAAACCUUGAUAUUUCUCAGCAGAAAGGUAUAUGGUCUACUACGCCAAGUAAUGAGCGAAAGCUAAAUAGAGCCUUUUGGGAGAGCAGCGUGGUGUACUUAAUAUUUUCUGUCCAAGGAUCUGGACAUUUCCAGGGUUUUGCUAGAAUGUCUUCAGAGAUAGGACGUGAGAAAAGUCAAGACUGGGGAUCUGCAGGUUUAGGAGGUGUUUUCAAGGUGGAGUGGAUCCGAAAAGAAAAUCUUCCUUUUCAGUGUGCACACCAUUUGCUCAAUCCUUGGAAUGACAAUAAAAAAGUACAAAUAAGCAGAGAUGGACAGGAGCUGGAACCACAAGUUGGAGAGCAAUUGCUACAGCUUUGGGAUCGCAUUCCUGUGGGAGAAAAAAAUUCAACUGAUUGAGCAUGAUUGAACUAGAGAUGUGGUUGCCAAAGCAUCUUUUAUAACCAGCAGUAGCAGCAGUGCCCCUAUGACGUAAAGAUGUGGAAGAGGCUGGUGCAACGAGAUCUUGAAGUUGCCGGUGAUGCUCUUAAAACCGCUAACACUGGGAAAAUAGAGGGAAUUCUCUCAAUUUCCUUGUGAUAACAAAUGUUGUAAGUUUUCAUCAGGCUGUUUUUGACUGAAUGACAAUUCUUUAGAAUAGGAUAUUCAGUGUGCAGUUGACUUUAAAAUAAACAAACAAAAAAAAGUUGAGUUCAAAUGAAGUUUAAAACAACAGAGCAUGUAAGUUCACUAUGGGUUUAGCAGGCAGUUUAAAUGCACAGUUAGCACUUAAACAGUCUCAACACAGUGAAAACUGAGAGAAACCAAUGUAAUAUUAAUUAGUCUUGCUGUUUUCUUAAUAGAACUUUCCAAAUAUUUUUAAUGUUUCUAAAAAGUACUUUUUGAACUUUCCUGUGUUCAGUGUGAGAGCGUCACAUAUUCAGACAAGUAGGAGAAUGUCAAAGUUAUGUUAAGUAAAUAAAUAGAGUAAGACACUUUUUUGAGAGAACUUUGGUCCAACAUUUGUUUCCACUUUGUUAGCUAUCUUCUUUGAAAGACAAUAUCCCUUUGAUAAGCUUCCUUCAAAAAAGGAACCUUCAACCUUCAAGGAAUCUUCAAAAGCCCAAAAAAGGCUUAUUUGAGUCGAUAUUCUAGAAAAUCACUAACAUGGGCAUGGUUAGAAGAAGAUUUUUUUCCAAAAAAAUUGACAGUAGAUUUUUUUCACCUUUUAAUGCAUCAUCAUACUUUCUCUAUAAUUUUUCUUUUUUUCUUCGAUAUUAUUUCUUUUUUUAAUAAUUUUUUUGGGGCUUGUCAUUAGAGAUGAAAUUACUGCAGUGUAAGGGUGAUAUUUAUUCACUCUGUUCACUGGCUGCACUUCCCUUUGUGGUCAUUCCUAGUACAAACUGAGAGCUUUCUUGCUUCUGAGUAAUCUUUUGUGCAUGUUAUUUGCUAGGAAUAUUCACACAGAGUUCACAGUACGCUGUAUUCAUCCUUUUUUAUUGUGUAGUGACUUCUGUACAUAAAGAAUAAGCUUUGUCUUUGUAAGAAUAACUGAAUCCUCCAAAAAUCCUUGGUUUCUAGACAGGUGAGGAUACGUUUUUUUUUUUUUCCUUUCUUUCUUUUCUGCCUUUCUUCCUUUCUUUCUUUCCUUCUUUCUCCUCUCUCAUGUAUGUUUUUGGUAAGCAGUGGGCUUGCUGUCGUGUAUUUCAAUGACAUGCAGGAAGUUUCCUUAACUUCAGUCAGAUGGAGGAAGAUAGUCAGAUGGAGAAAACAAAUAUGUUUCUGUGAACUUAAGGUAUGAUGAAAGCAUGAUUAGGUAUGCUCUCCU